GCGAGUCCUCGGUGCCCACCAGGGUACCCGGGGACCAGCCCCCGCCUCCUCCCGCGCCGUCCAGUUAGGAAGACGGACGUAGGAAAUAGGUCGUCUUUCUUCCCACGCGCCCCUGGCCGUGCUCCACACGCGCAGUGCCCUACUAGGGAGAGGCAGUUCGGUGCUUUAGAGUUUGUCAUUCCGGCGUUAACUCUUCUUCCUCGUGGCUCCAGCCCGGCGAUGCAACUCUUGUCUUUUCCCUGUCUCCACUUGGGAAAAGGAGCUGACAGUGACGCGCGCCCCUGGCUGUGGGGCUCACUCCUGCCGGGCCGGUGUUGGGAGGAGGGCAUUUCAGUGUUGCAAAGGCAUUCGCGGGUUAGGACCACUCGGACCGUGUUAUUUUGCUUUUUUAAAUAAAUAAGGUGAUGUUUCAAAAGCAAAAAUACUUUUAAAGUAUGCUGACAAAUCAAUUUUGCUUUUAAGAAUCCUCGAAGAGUUACCCCUCUCUCCGUAGCCUGAUUGUGGUGCUGAUGAGGCCACUAUAAAAGCGUUUGUCAAAACUCAGAACCGGACACUGAAAAGUGUGAAUUUUAUCUUAUGUAAAAUAUACCUCUCCCUCUCCCGUUUUUCUUCUUGAAAUGACCUUGCCUGUAUUUCAAAACUGAACUAACCAGUAAUAAUCUCGGAGAAGUGUUUAUUAUUUUAAGCGAAUACAUUUAACCCAAGAGUAUAGCAAAAUAAAGCAGUCUUCCUCUCCACUGUUAAAAUUUGCCAAGACUUGCUUGAACCUUGUUGUAUGUACUGUGUUUAUACGGGCUACCAUGCGUGAAAGUCCAGCAGUACUGGAUUAGUCCCAAGGGCUGCCGUGAUUGAUACUUUGGUGAAAUUCCAACAGUUUACUGAGGAGUUUUUCUUCGGCCUGAGAAAGUAGUUUGCAAAGCCAAGUUCUCAAACAGCUACAGAACCUCUUUAUUGGGACCCCAGACAACCUUGGAUUUUAGCCUUCUGCUACCCCUUUCCUGUCUGCCCUCCAAGUGAUUGUAAGUUAAUAUCUGAAAUGGAACUGUAGUCUGAAGGAGUAAAAUGGUUGCUUCUCCAGUGUGCUAACAUCUCAGUGCUUUUUUUUUCCUGGAAUUGGAGUGGUGUUGGAUUUGAAGAUUAAAACAUCUUAUGUCUGUAUGUACGGUUGUAGCGAAAGCUUCUCGUAAGAGCACAGUGACUAUCAGUAAGAAAGUGAUGGCUGCUGCGCUGCUCUUCCGUGCCGUGGACAUUUAGGCCACAUUUUAAAUGAUAAUUAAGCUUUUGCUUUAGAAGCCACUGGAUAAUGAGAAAAAUAUGGAGGUUGUACUCAGAUAUUUUUCCUAUUUAAAGCUCAACCACUGGACAACUGUUUUGGUUUUGAGAGUUCUGAUAAACGGUCACAACAGCCUCCUUGGAACACAGUACUCUCCUGCCUGGAGGAGAAUGACAGGAUGACGGCGCCAGGGAAGACUUGGAUCAGGUGAAGUACUGAUCGUGACUGCUCCAUGACAUCCGGCACCAUGAUCUUAAACACGCGUGGGAUUGAGAGCUACUAUACAUAACCCCAGAGGUCUCCUCUAAUCCUGUUGCUCCUUGGUUUUAGAAUCCAGAAUCCUCAUGUUAAGGAAUGUGGGUGGUUUGAAGUCAGAAAAAUGGGUAAGAAGAGUCGAGUAAAAACUCAGAAAUCUGGCACUGGUGCUACAGCAACUGUGUCACCGAAGGAAAUCUUGAACCUGACCAGUGAGCUGCUGCAGAAAUGCAGCAGUCCGGCGCCUGGCCCAGGAAAAGAGUGGGAAGAGUAUGUGCAGAUCCGGACUCUAGUUGAGAAAAUACGGAAAAAGCAAAAAGGUCUGUCCGUUACUUUUGAUGGAAAAAGAGAAGAUUACUUUCCUGAUCUAAUGAAAUGGGCCUCUGAAAAUGGGGCUUCUGUCGAGGGUUUUGAAAUGGUUAACUUCAAAGAAGAGGGCUUUGGUUUGAGAGCAACAAGAGAUAUCAAGGCAGAAGAAUUGUUUUUAUGGGUUCCACGAAAAUUGCUAAUGACUGUUGAAUCUGCUAAAAAUUCAGUGUUGGGGCCCUUAUAUUCUCAAGACCGAAUCCUUCAAGCCAUGGGAAACAUCGCACUGGCCUUUCAUUUGCUGUGUGAGCGAGCCAGCCCUAACUCCUUCUGGCAGCCCUAUAUUCAAACCCUCCCCAGUGAAUAUGAUACUCCUCUCUACUUUGAAGAAGAUGAAGUUCGAUAUCUUCAGUCCACACAAGCUAUACAUGAUGUCUUCAGCCAGUAUAAAAACACAGCUCGACAGUACGCCUACUUCUAUAAAGUCAUCCAGACCCAUCCUCAUGCCAACAAACUGCCCUUGAAGGAUUCUUUCACUUACGAGGACUACAGGUGGGCAGUCUCUUCUGUUAUGACGAGGCAAAACCAAAUUCCCACAGAGGAUGGUUCCCGCGUGACCCUGGCUCUGAUUCCUUUAUGGGAUAUGUGUAACCACACCAACGGCCUGAUCACUACUGGUUACAACCUGGAAGAUGACCGCUGUGAGUGUGUGGCUCUGCAGGAUUUUCGGGCUGGAGAGCAGAUUUACAUUUUUUAUGGCACUCGAUCCAAUGCAGAGUUUGUGAUCCACAGUGGUUUUUUCUUUGACAAUAACUCACACGACAGAGUGAAAAUAAAGCUUGGAGUGAGUAAAAGUGACAGACUCUACGCCAUGAAGGCCGAGGUCUUGGCUCGUGCCGGCAUCCCCACUUCCAGUGUUUUUGCAUUGCAUUUUACCGAGCCGCCCAUCUCUGCUCAGCUUUUGGCUUUUCUCCGAGUAUUCUGCAUGACUGAAGAAGAACUGAAAGAACACUUGCUGGGAGACAGCGCUAUUGAUAGAAUCUUCACCUUGGGGAACUCGGAAUUUCCUGUUAGCUGGGACAACGAGGUCAAACUUUGGACAUUUCUUGAAGAUAGAGCCUCACUUCUUUUAAAAACAUAUAAAACAACUAUUGAGGAAGAUAAAUCCGUCUUGAAAAACCAGGAUCUAUCUGUUCGUGCAAAAAUGGCCAUCAAAUUGCGCUUAGGUGAGAAAGAGAUUUUGGAAAAAACAGUAAAGAGUGCAGCUGUCAACCGGGAAUACUAUCGCCAACAGAUGGAGGAAAAGGCUCCGCUUCCCAAAUAUGAAGAGAGUAACCUUGGGCUGUUGGAGAGCAGCGUGGGGGACUCGAGGCUCCCCCUGGUCUUGAGAAACCUCGAGGAGGAGGCUGGAGUGCAGGAUGCCUUGAACAUCAGAGAGGCAAUCAGCAAAGCAAAGGCCACAGAAAACGGGCUUGUAAACGGUGAAAACUCUAUCCCUAAUGGGACCAGGUCCGAAAAUGAAAGUCUCAAUCAAGAAAGUAAAAGAGCAGUUGAAGACGCCAAAGGAUCUUCUUCAGACAGCACUGCUGGAGUUAAGGAGUAGCUCGAGGUGAAGCUGGAUGGGGGAUCCAGUGGAGCAGGAGUUGACGGACGGUCCGUUCACAUCGCUGUGUUUCCUUGUUAACAUUUUUCUUUCUGCAGAGAGGAAGAUAUGUUUUUGCUGCUUUAUAUAAAAAUGGUUUUUUUAAGUUAUUUUAAAAAUCUAGCUUCCCUUUUUGAUUAAGAUUGCCAUCUUGCUUUUAGGCAAAACAAACCAAUUAACAACCACAAGAAAGGGAGAAGAGGUGCCUGUGGGAGAUUUUGCAGACCUAUUGUGGGUAUAGGUAUUUUCUUCCUGGGGAAGAAUUCAAUUCCCGUCUCAGCUGUACUUUUGUGGGCCUGUCAUCUUGACGACCAGAAUGAAAGCUUGCUCUGCCUCUUGCCAGCCAGAGCUGGUGGCGGGACUUGGGGAUACAACGUGAAGGUGGGGAAGUUGCACAGCAGAAAACAGAAUUGAAGUUGGGAAACUAUUUAGAGUCUGGGCAAAAUGUUUGGUUUUUCUCUUAAAAAAAAAUAACACCCCAUUACCAAAAGAAAAGGUAAGGUGGCAACCUUAUUUUUAAUAGUUUGAAAUGAUGAUAAUCCUAAUUAUAUAAAAAAAAAUAUAAACACACAUAUAUAUAGUGAUUUCUAAAGAUUUGUUUACUUUUGUGUUUUGUUUUACUGUACUAAGAACUUGUCCUUUCUCCUUGAAUCAAAGUAGGACAUGCAUCAUCCUCCUAAUUUUAAAUGUUGGCUCUGAUUUUAAAGUGGUGCAUUUGAUUCCAGCCUUGGUAAUGGAGAGUUUGCAAACACACAGCGGCCCACAGCUUCACAUGGUGGUGUGCAGUGUGAGGCAGCUCCUUGGCUUUCCUGGUUUUCACAACAAGCUAGAGAUUUUCAAAGCUACACUUUUGAGUAAAAACCCUUAUUAAAAGAAAAACAUGAUUAA